AUGUCCAAUCGAAUAGACAGUAGUGGUACCAACACUAAGUUCAAAGUAGGAGAUAAUGUCCAUUUUGAAGUGUCAAAGGAAAACACAAUUACUACCAGUAAUAACACUACAACCCCCAACGGAAACAAAGCUUCCAAUUCAAAAUCAAAUGAUGCAGCUGCUCAAGACGAGCAGCAAGGAAACAGUAUCUUGGAUCCCAACGCCCUUGCCAACAAAGCGAAAAAGAAGAGGAGAGGUAAGGGAAAGAAGACAACGAGACUUUCCACGUCACAUGCACAUUUGAAUAAUCCAGAUGAAGACUACCCUACGUCCAGGGUAAUAAAGCAAGCACCCAACGGUGAUGUGAUAGUUGAAAGCUUGGAUGAUGAGGAAUCAGAUGGCGAAAGUGAAAGGUCGCGUAAUUCUCGUGUUGAAGAACCCCUGAACGGGUCUGGGUCCAAGGUUCAUCCACAUCUGCAACCCCAAAAACAUAAUGAAACGAUACAUAACCAAUCUGGUAUGGCUGGUGCGAUUCACAACGCGAAGCGAACCAGUCAUGAUGCUCAUAAUAGUUUAUGGGAUAGUUCAUCAGUUGAAGAACAAGAAAAGUUGAAAGAGUUUUGGGAAUCAUUGGCCGAACCUCAAAAAUUAGAAUUGGUCAAGAUAGAUAAAGAGUCGAUUAUGAAAAUGUUCAAAAACGAAACGAGACAACAUCUUCAGCAACUACUGCAACAACAGAAUGGAAGUACUUCAAAUGGGGGUGGUAACUCAUCGAGCCAGAACAAUUGCACUUGCAAAUACUGUGGUAGAAGAAAUCACCUCAUCGAAGAAGAGUUGGAAAGUAUUUAUGAUAACCAUUUUGAUGACAUUAUCGACUUUAUACACGAGGUUCGCGAUAUAAAUGACUUGAAUGCCUUGCCAGGAUUAUUGUUUGGUGGGUUCCAUAUGCUAGAAGAAGAAAGGAAAUUGCAAAGAAGGAAACAACUACAUAAUGAAAAUCAGGAAAUGUCCAAGCGGCUGGCUGCCCAAAAAACCGAGACGAAGAUGAACGACAUAAAGGCAGAGAUGGAGAAAUUACAAAUGGGAUCUUCUUCACAAGGGAAUCCAGAAAUACACCCAUCGCGAAACUCUUCUCAACAACCUCAAUUGAGUCAACAAAGUCCUCCGGGUACAAGACCUCAUGCCAAUGUGCAAAUUAGUGCAUCAAUUCAAACGUCAAACUCCUCCCAAACGCAGCUAUUUGAUAAGUUGCUUGAUCCCAAACUUUUUCAAGCAUUGGAAGGUUUGGAUCUACAAAAGAUGAAGGAAACUGCACAUUUAGAUCCAAAAAAUGCGGCACAUUUGAGCAUGUUGGAAAAAGCAGGGUCAUUGAAGGAGAUUGUAAGAGAUUUGCACAAUCAUGAUGGGAAGCGUGCUGAGAGAGGAGCCAAGUAUGUACAAAACAUGGGCAAAUUCUUUUCCAAUAUUGCCAAUAUGAAUGCAAGUAGCCCGGAAGAGGCAGAAAAGUACAUGGCCAAACAAUUUACUGAGCAUUUUGGACAAGGACUCUCAACAUUCGCUGAAGAUUUGUUGAACAACGAUGGAAACUCAUUCAUAAACAUGAUGGAAUCACUUACAGAGUCAAGAACUGCCCGCGAAGAUGUAUUGAAGGGUAUGUCCACAUCAGCCAAUGAAAAUGCUUCGAAAGCUCAUGCCACUGAUCUGCAAACUCGCUGGGUUGAUGAAGAUGACGAAGAGGGAGAAGAUGUGUAUUGUGCUCAUCAUCAUCAUCACCGCCACCACCACCACCAUCCUCUUGACGAUGAAGGGUAUGAGGUUGAAGAUGACGAUGAAUAUGACUACGAGUAUGACGACGACGAAGAAGAGGGAGAAGACGGCUUUGAAGAUGAUGAUGGUAAAGAUGCGAGCGAUACCGAGUCUGAGAUCUCUGAGGAGGAGAAGAUGCAAGAAAUUCGUCGUCUAUUCUUGAUCCAAGUCAUCAAAUUGUUCCAAGAGCGUUUAAAGAGUGCUUACAAGGAAAAGAUUUCCAAAGACAACACGCAGAAAUUGAUUGAGGAAUUGGAAGCGGAAGAAAGAGCAAAGAAGGAACGAGAGGCAAAGAAAUUAAAGCAAAAAGAAAAGGCCAAGGAAAAAAAGAGAUUGGCGCAAUUGGCGAGAGAGGAAGAGAAGAAAAAGAAGGAAGAGGAGGCAAGAAAGGCUGAGGAGGAGCUCAAAGCUCGUCAAGAAGAACAAAGAGCAGACCAAAAACGAAGAAAGGAGGAAGCAAGACUCAAGCGUGAAGAGGAGAAGAAGAGAAAGGCAGAAGAGGCAAAGAGAAAGGAAGAAGAGCACAGAAAGAAGGUGGAAGCUCAACAAAAGAAGGACGAGGAGGCGAAGAGGCUAAAAGAGGAACGUCGUAGAAAAGCUGAACAGGAAAGGAAACAAAAGGAGGAGGAAAAGAAACAAAAGGAAGAGGAAGCAAAACGAAAGGAAUUGUUGAGAAAGCAAAAGGAAGAGAAUAAGGAAAAAGAGAAGGAGAAGGAGAAAGUUGCUUGUGAGAGAAACGCGACUCAACAAGAGGAUGACAACUUGAAGUGGGUAUCGAAGUCUGCUGAUAGUUUCAGCUCCAGUGUACCCAGUUCGAACUCGUCUAAAGCUUACUUUGAUCGAGUUUUGAAAAAAGAAAUUGAAGAAAAGCAACUUGAUUUUCUCGUUGAUCCAACAGCUAGUGACAGUUCUUAUAACCAACCUUUUCAACCUAGACCGGGUUCACUUUCGAGUAGGGGUUCAUCAAUUGGUCUUACCGUGAAUCAAUUGCACUCUGGUAUUCCAUCGGCUUCACAGCAACCUCAGUUCACCAAUGAUUUUGCUCAGAAUCAAUACCUUAACCAGCCCUCGGUGUUGUCUCCUCAACCUGCACCCAUAAAUCCAAUGAAUGGCGGCUCCACUGUAAAUCCUUCUAUCGCUAGUAAUUUUUCAUCCACGGCUGCUGCAAGCGCUGCUAGUUCCAGUGGCCCUAUCAACCCAAUGUCUCCAUGGGCUGCGAAAGCUGGGUUAAACAAUCCAGCAGGUUCAGUAUAUCAUCCACACUCAGGUUCUUCGAUUGCUCCUACGUUAAGUUCGACCAAUAUUCAUCAGCAAGGACAGCCAGUUGGUCGCUUUGAUCCAUUUGGCGCAUCCAAUGAAUCUUCUGAUCCUAUCACCCCUAUUGCGAAAAAUUCGGCGUGGACAUCUAAUCCUAAUGCUGUCAAUACUGGUGGUACGAGAGGCAGCAGCUUUAUUUGGAACAAUCCAGCCGGGUCUAACCCUUGCGAAAUUUCUCAUUUGAAUCCAAAUUUGAAAGCUAACAGCUUUUACUCGUCUGAGGUUGAGCAAAAUAACCCAAGCUCUAACGAUACUAUACAACUUGGUAUCAGUAAUCCUAGUGGUUCUGUCGAGAUAGACUUGAUUCAAUCAUCAACUGUCACUUGUUUCCACACCUUGGCUUCCAUGAAUCAAUUAGAAUUUGGAGUUGCGCCAAUAAUGAGAUUGUUUGAAGAAGUAAAGAGUGUUGCAAAAAGACCACAAUUGACCUUGGAUCAAUUUUUGAAUUAUUGUCAGUCGGGCAGUGUGUACACGUUUGAGAAAAAAUAUGACCCAUUUGGUAGAGUAACACAUAUGAAAGUUGGCACGCAUACGUAUGCUAGAUCGUCCCCACCUGUUGCUCCGCUAUUCACUCCAGGUGCUAUUGGAUUUUCUCAGGCACAACUGCAAGCAACUUUUCCUCAACAGCCUUUAUUUGAACGACAAGAGAAUUUUGGAGCAGGGGGGGGAUUUCCUCCUCCGGGAAUGCGCAAGAGCUCGCUGCCAAUAUUUACAACGGAUCCACCUUUGAUGAAUAUAAGAAGUGAUUUGAAUGCAAAGCUGACGACAAGCGGGUUAGUCGAUGGGCUUUGGAAUAAUUAA